AUGUUGACCCCACUACGUCUGACGACGGCUGGUGUUGGGUUGUCUAACCCAACCCUGUCGCUACACCGCAGGCGGAAUGCUCGACCUAAUCAACCGUUUGCGCAUGACAGGGUUGGUCUUUUUCCUCCUCAAAAUGAUUUCGAUUCAUUGAGACAAUAUCUUGUAAAUUCUAGCGUGCAGGCGGACAUGGACCUGCCCAUGAUUGCCGUCAUAGGCUCGCAGAGUGCGGGCAAAUCGUCGCUCAUCGAAUCCAUUUCAGGAAUUACGCUCCCUCGUUCAGCUGGAACAUGCACCAGAUGUCCUACUGAGUGUAAGCUUGCACGCUCUGAAGAAGCUUGGAAGUGUAUCGUGAAACUCCAUAUCACCACCGGCCCAUCGGGGCAACCCUGUGAUGUGACCAACGUGUCUUUUGGACCCCCAAUCACCAAUAAGGCAGAUGUGGAGGAUCGCAUUCGACGUGCGCAGAGGGCAAUCCUCAAUCCCAGCAUUGAUGCCCAGAAAUUCCUCUAUGACUCUGAACUGGACGAGCGGACGGCCGAACAAGCUGAGUUGUCUUUCUCCAAAAACUCGGUCUCUCUGGAGAUAAGCGGGAAGGAUGUCGCGGAUCUUUCAUUUGUGGAUCUACCUGGAUUGAUCGCCAGCGUCGGGAGCUCAGGAAAGGACGGAGACAUUGAACUCGUCAAGGGUUUGGUGGCUUCUUAUAUCAAGAAAGCCAGUUGUGUCAUCCUUCUGACGGUUACUUGUGAAACCGACUUCGAGAAUCAAGGAGCGCAUCAUUUGGCGAAACAAUAUGACCCCGAAGGCAAGCGCACCGUUGGCGUACUCACAAAGCCGGACCGCAUUCCUCCCGGCGAAGAGUACCGCUGGCUAAGGUUCAUUCGAAACGAGCAUGAGCCACUCGUGAACCACUGGUACUGCGUCAAGCAGCCUGGGUCCCUGAUGCUUCAAAACGGCAUUUCCUGGGCCGAAGCCAGGAAGCAAGAAAAUGACUUCUUUACUUUGACACAACCCUGGUCAACCGUGGAGUCGCAGUACCAGAAGUUCAUGUGUACAAGCAACCUAACGGAGCAGCUGAGUACGAUUCUGUCGGAGCUUAUCGCAAAAAGGCUUCCAGAGAUCCACCAGGAAUUGUAUGAUGUCUCGGGUAAAACCCAAGAAGAAAUGAGAAAGCUUCCUAAGGCGCCGUCGAACGAUGCUGUUGCUGAGGUUUGGCACGUCGUCAGCGAAUUUUUGCGCCAGCUGUCUCGGAGGCUUGAGGGGACACCUGAUGCGGACGGCAUAUUGCAGACCAUUCGACCGCAUCAACAGGCGUUCAAACGUGCUAUACGAGCAACAGCUCCACAGUUUGUUCCUCGGGAAAGGGGUCACCACCGCGAAGAACUGCCAGUGCCUGAAUUCCUAGCCAACGAGGAGGAACUGCAGGAGCCCGAGGUAGAGAGCGUCGUUGCUAAGCCGAAUGCAGAGAGUGUUUUCAAUUUUACGUCCAAGGCGGACUCCACUGCGCCCUUUGUUUUUGGAGCCGGAGCAGGUGGUGUUGCUGGUAAGCACACGCCAAACUCACCUACAUCUGUGAACCCACAGUCGUCGAAGAUUUACCUCGAUGAUGUUUUCAAACACGCCCAGAGGGCUCGUACCCGCGAACUUCCCGACAACUACCCUUUCAUUGUACAAAAGAUGUAUAUCGAGGAGUUCACUAAGAAGUGGGCGUUGCCGUCGACGGUUCUUUUCGACAAAGUGUACGAUGUUCUGAAAAAGGACCUGAAUCACCUGGUCCGCGAGCAUUUUGGAAAGAUGGGAAGGGGCGGCACGAACCACACACCUGGAUGUCGCUACGAAGCAGGCAAAGGAAAAGUCGACUGGCUCUUGGAACUUGAAAAGAUGCCGACGACGUUGAACGUGCACUACUACUCCGACUACAAGGAUAAAUUCCUCGCGUACUACAAGGGUUGCCGAGAUGAAGGAGAGCUGAUUAGAAAGCUGCAGAAUUACAAGGCACCUAGUGCGAGCCCACAUAAAGAAGCGUUCCAGAUAGGCGUCAAUAAGGCUCUUGCCGGAUUGAAUGAGGCUGGUAUUUCUGUGCACGCCAGCGAUCUUCUGAAGCUCCUACCUGUCGAUCCGAUGGAGCCUGCCCUUGUGAUUAUGGCGGGGGUAAGGGCAUACUUCCAGGUCGCGUACAAGCGCUUUUCUGAUAUGGUUCCAAUGGCCAUUGACCACGAGGUGGUUCGCGGUCUGGAGAAGGGCAUGGAACACGCGCUGCGUGAUGGGCUGAACUUGACGGGGCCUGAUGCGGAAGCGCGGUGUCGGUUGAUGGUGCAAGAGCAUAGCACAGUGGUUUCGAAACGUACGGAACUGCAGAAGAAACUGGACAGACUUCAAGCGGCUAGUCUAGAAUUACGCAAGCUCUUUGUAUAG